AUGGCUCCGUUGAUCCAUUGUGUUCGCCAUGCUCAAGGCUUCCAUAAUCUGGGGCACGAGAAUUGGCGGAUGAUCGAUUCUCUCCUUACACCGGCAGGUGAAAGGCAAUGUGACAAGUUACGGGAAGAUUUCCCUUUUCAUUCCAGUGUCGAGCCGGUAGUCGCGUCUCCGAUCCACCGGACAAUUUACACAGCCUUACACGCCUUCGCCCCUGUCUUCGAAAGUAAUCCUGAAUUAAAGCUGAUCGCGCUCCCGGGUCUCCAGGAGGUCAGCGACCUUCCCUGUGACAGUGGGAGUGAUCUCGAGAGCCUGGAAAAGGAAGUUCUGGAAAAUAAUCUUCCGGUGGACCUGAGUCUUGUCUCAAGUGGGUGGCAUGUUAAGAGUGGGCGCUAUGCACCGGAUGGCGAAGCGAUUCGAGCCCGUGCCCAAAAGGAAAUCAUGGUUGUCGCGCACGGUGGACUUUUGCACUUCUUGACAGAGGACUGGGAAGAUGGUAGUGUCUAUACAGGAACUGGCUGGGCAAACAUGGAAUACCGUACCUACGGAUGUACGGAGGAAGAUGGAGAUAAUAGCACAUUGAUGGAAACGGAUACAUCCUGUCAAAGCCGUGGAAAGCUCGGGCUGAGACCUACUCGCGAACAGCAAAGAGAGCUGUUUGACUCUAGCAGAAAGCAGUGGGAUCGGAACGGGGUGCAGCUCAGCGCGGCUGAGAGGGAAAAGGUGGCUGCCUUUCGUGCAAGUGAAUAUUACAUGGUGCCGCGAUCAACGAAAUGCUUCUAG